AUGAGACCUCGCCUACCUCCGCUGCGACUGCGGAGCAACGCAUUCUCCGCCCGCACCGCCGACGCGCUCUCGCGCCGGAGCGGCCUGGCGUGGACCGACGUCUACGCCGAAACCGACGCCGCUCAGCUGAUCUCCGUCGGAGAGAGGACGCUUGUGCGGAACGCGAGUGGGCCUGGCCUCUCCGCCUCGCUGGCCGCGCCGAUACUGAGCGUCGGGACGCACCGCAUUCGCUUCGUCAGCUCCGGCGAGGGGUUGGUGGUUGGCGUCGCUGCGGCGUCGCCCGCGCUGUGGGGAGCAAGGGCUUGGGGCCUGGGAGGCUGGAGCGGCUGCAUGCACGCGUGCCCGUCGGCGGUGGAGGACGGGCUGGUGGGCGAGGAGGUGCCGCUCGCGCAGCUGGCCGACGAGGACGGCCGCAGGGCGCUGACGAUGGUGGUGCAGGUCGGAGAGCACUCGUCGCGGCUCGGGUUUGAGAUUGCCGAUGGCGCAGCUGAGCCCUUCACGUCCAAGCUGCUGCUGCCUCCCGGCCCGCUGCGGCCGAGGGACGGCUGCUGGAACGGCUGCUGGAGCGGCUAG